UUUAUUUACAAUUACAAUGAAAUCAUAUUUCUAACAUGACAAGACUUGUAUACGAUCUGCGUGGUAGGUUCAUUCACAUGUAGGGCACAAAACGUGUUUAUCUACCCGUAUCUACAGAUACCAGACGACGGUGUGGCACAUAUGCCUCGCAUACACUGCUGUUCUACUGCAGCCGAAUCAAGGCGAGUCAUAUUAUAAACCAGUCAAGUUAAAUAUGGCGGCAGGAAAUUCAACACUUCCCCCUGGAGGCCUCAUGGAAAUCGUGUUUUCCUUUGAUACCACUGGUUCCAUGUCCUCCGUACUCGAAGAGGUCCAAGGAAGACUUCAGGACAUGAUACAGCGCCUCCAAGCGGAUAUUCCGGGCAUACGAAUCGGGGUCAUAGCGCAUGGUGACUACUGCGACAAAGACGUUUUCUAUUUGACCAAGGAGCUGGAUCUGUGUACUGACGUCGUUGACCUCUGUAACUUCGUGAAGGGUGUGGAUGGCACUGGAGGCGGUGACGCAGAUGAGUGUUACGAACUUAUCCUCCGCAUGGUUAGACAAAACUUCUCGUGGACUCCCGCGUCACAGAAAAUCCUGGUCAUGAUUGGAGACGCAAACCCGCACGAGCCGGAGUAUGACAUGAAUGUCGACAACAUUGACUGGAGAGAGGAGAUUAAUUGUCUUCACAACGAUGGAGUAAAGAUAUAUGGAGUGCAGGCAUUUGAUCAUGAAGGUGUCGAGGAUUUCUACAAGACAAUAUCCGCAAACACAGAAGGACAUUACCUCAAAUUGGGCGAGUUCUCCAACAUUUGUGACUUCCUAAUGGCUAUCUGCUAUCGGGAGAGGGGCGAGGACCUUUUCUUCGAGUAUGAAGCAGAGGUCCGUUCCAGAUUUGGACAGAAAGGCAUCAACAGGGAACUGGAGGGUCUGUUUGGAACACUCCGGAGAUAUGAAUCCGGGGCUAGUAACAUCAGUACAGCCUCAUCAAAGCAUACACCCGCGCCUUCUACUUCUACUGGUAGUACAAGUCCGAAAAUAAAGAAAACAAAAGUGCCCACGUCAGCAGCAAAACAAAAACGAAAACCAAAUAGGAUUCCAAACAGACAAAUUGUGAAACAAAACAAGAGAAAUGUCAAGUCUAGAGGAGACCAAAAGGCCAUACACAGAGAGAAGCAGAGAAGUGUCAAGUCUAGAGGAGACCAAAAGGCCAUACACAGAGAGAAGGAGAGAAAUGUCAAGUCUAGAGGAGACCGAAAGGCCAUACACAGAGAGAAGGAGAAAAGUGUCAAGUCUAGAGGAGACCAAAAGGCCAUACACAGAGAGAAGGUAACCCACUCUUCUUUCACGUGCAGUCGUUUGGAUUGGUCGAAAUGGCGCCUCGCAUAUACUCCACUAAACGGCACUGGACUGAGUUCAAAACGAGGCUUUAUUACAAAAUUCAGAGGUAACUGUUUAAAGCGUAAAGAACUGUUCAGUGGCAGAUCACGCAAAAUGGCUUUGUAUGAAGUAGCUGUACAAACAAAGAUUCGAGGAAAACGCCAUGUGCUUUAUUCACGGAUUGUUUCUGGGAACACUAACAAUGUCGACUGGGAAAGUGCUCUUCUGCAUGGAGGAAAGAAACGUCUCCUGGGUCAAAUACAGUCUGUGAUAGACUCUGGAUGUAAGGUGUUCGUGAGGCGGGCACUCGUUACUAAGAGACAUCAGUCGAGGCUGAACUCGUUAGACAAGUACAACUACGCUUGGAGCCCCCAGAAGUCCUCGCGAAAACAUCGCCGCGUAGUCAGGGAUACCGUGGUCAUUUCAGGUGACCGUGACAUUGACUAAAACAAAACCAAGAUGAAAAAGGUAGAUUCAAUAUAUUUUAGGAUUAAAUGUUUCUGUGUACGUGUUUGUACAAAACUAAAAGAUUGGUUCACAUUUAUAUGUGGGAUUCAUUCAUUCAUUUAUUCAUUCAUCUGUCUAUUUUAUUUAUUUAUUUAUUUAUUGCAGUGAAUAAAUUUGACUUUUUAAGGAACUAGAACAAGUAUUAUUUACCAGUAUUAGUUACCAGUACUUAAAAUGUCCAACGUCAUGUUUUUUCAUGGCAAAUGUAUAAUGUGGUUGAUUUGCGUUGAUACCAGCAUGACUAUAAAACAGUUCUGUUCAAUCCAUAUUCAUAUUAACAAAAAUAAAGUCAUUUAGUUCUUUCUGCGUUCUGUAUGAACAAUGUUAAUGCAAUAACUGUCUUUUAGCUGUGUACGGCAACGAUUGUUUUAAGCCGUUUCUUGUGUACGCUUCGACUGAUUUCUGAUGGUCAAUAGAGUACAUUGGUAAGGUGUUGUUUUCUUCUCCUAAUUGUAGUUUUGUCUA